AUGGGUGCUAGCACCAUUGACAGAAAGUUUGUGAGCAAAGUGAAGCUGGGCAAUGACAAGGUUUUUGAGGGCGCUGCUGUCAACACAUUCAAUCUGAAGAAUGCAGGUGAUAUUCUCAACACUGGAGGAUUUCAACCAGCAGACUCUAGGUUCUGCACAGGCAAUUCACUGGACCAAAGUUUAGUGAAGGGAAAGAUAGUCUUAUGUGAUGAUCUAAGUGAUGGUCUUGGGCCUGCCUAUGCUGAUGCCUUGGGUAUGACAAACAGGACAGUCCUGUCCGCUUCUUUGACAUGGGAAGAUGGAGUUCGUCAAGUUCACAUUGUGUACAUGGGUUCACUUCCUGAGGGUGAUUGUUCACCUUCAUCUCACCACACUAGUCUUCUACAAGAAGUUAUUGACAGCAGUGCUGGUAAGGAUUACUUGGUUAGAAGUUAUAAGUGGAGUUUCAAUGGAUUUGCAGCCACGCUUAAUGACAAGGAGCAAAAACCGCUGGCUGGUAUGGAAGGAGUUGUUUCUGUUUUCCCUAGCAGAACCCCUCAACUACACACAACGAGAUCUUGGAACUUCAUGGGGUUCACUGAGGAUAUCAAGAGGAAUCAAGCUGUUGAGAGUGAUGUUAUAAUUGGUGUCAUUGAUACUGGCAUCUGGCCAGAAUCAGAGAGUUUUAGUGAUGAAUGCUUCGGUUCUCCCCCAAAAAAUGGAAGGGUGCUUGUAAAGGUGGCUCAAAUUUCACUUGCAACAAAGUCUGCAGAGAUGUCCGCAAGGGACAUAGCAGGUCAUGGAGACCACACUGCAUCCACUGCUGCUGGGAACAAAGUGAAAGACGUGAGCUUUUUUGGACUAGCACAAGGUAACGCCAGAGGAGGGGUACCAUCAGCAAGGAUUGCUGCAUACAAAGUUUGUCACAAAGAUACAGGAUGCCGAGAGCAUGAUGUCUUGGCUGCCUUCGAUGAUGCCAUUGCUGAUGGUGUUGAUAUCAUUAGUAUCUCAAUGGGGGGACCAGUUGUAGAUGAUCUUUUCAAUGAUGUCUUCGCAAUUGGGUCUUUCCAUGCAAUGGAGAAAGGAAUACUUACCUCAAAUUCUGCAGGUAAUAAUGGAUUCUCACCAGCAACGACAUCUAGCGUGGCACCAUGGCUGCUAAGUGUAGCAGCCAGCACCAUAGACCGCCGGAUCAUUACCAAAGUUCUUCUUGGGAGUAGAAUGACAUUAAUUAGAGGCUCAAGCAAACAUUCUGAGAAGCGAAGUCAUAAAAGAUUUUGGUGCUCCUGUAGUCACUUCCUUCUCUUCACGAGGGGCGAAUGGAAAAAUACCAGAGAUAUUGAAGUCAAUUCAUCCCUUACAUGGAUAUGCAAGGCUGCGUUCCAGCUAGAUUUAACUGCUCCAGGGGUAGAUAUCUUGGCUGCAUUUUCACCUGUUGCCUCCCCUUCGACGAAUGAUAAAGAUAAGAGGUCUGUAAACUAUACCAUACUGUCUGGGACCUCCAUGUCUAGCCCUCAUGUUGCUGGUGCAGCUGCAUAUGUUAAAUCGAUGCACAUGGACUGGUCUCCUUCAGCCAUUAAAUCUGCUCUGAUGACUACUGCUUGGCCCAUGAAUGCUACCAAAAAUCCAGAUGGUGAAUUCAGUUAUGGAGCUGGGCACAUCGAUCCACUAAAAGCAACGCACCCAGGACUUGUGUAUGAGACCUUUAAAGAAGACUAUGUCAAGAUGCUUUGCAGCAUGGGCUACAAUGUGAGGAGGCAAACAACCUUUGAGAUUGAAUUUCAUAGAACAGUGACCAAUGUUGGCCUCAAGAACUCCACUUACAAAGCCGAAACUGCCAAAAAUUCUGUGCUGAGCAUCAAAGUGGUUCCCAGAGUUCUCUCCUUUGAGUCCAUAAAUGAAAAGAAAUCUUUUGUGGUGACUGUUUCUGGGAUGCUGCCAGCAGAAGUAGUGGCUUCUUCUCAAUUGGUGUCGUCUGAUGGCACUCAUAUUGUUCGAAGUCCCAUUGUUGUUUACAAUACAAUCUUGGUUGAUCAGAACUCCAUUGAAUUUGAUUAG